UAAUUUUAACAUAAUUUAUGAACCCUCGCCCUGUCACGGAUCGAUUAUAUCGUCGUAGGGCGCUCCAUGUCCACACGGUCUCGCGUCGGCGUACAGGCGCGGCAGACAGACAACGCAAGUUUCACCACGCGCUCGUAGAUCGACAACGUUACACCACGUUACACUACGUAGCGCCUGCCCGUGAUGAUGAUGAUGACGACGACGGUGGUGGUGGUGAUAGUAAAGAAUAAAUACGCGUUGUGUACAUACGCGUACUGAUGAUGCUCUGUAGUGGACCCUUGUCUCUCUGAUGACAAACAAUAAUAAUACUAAUAAUGGGAGCUCGCAGAUCGCUGCCGACGCCGUGAUGUGUUCGUUGUACUGUACACACCAUUUCGUCUACGCGUCCUGGAAGUGGCUGAGCUGAAAUGUAAGGAGACUGAAACCUUCAUUCCCCGACGAUGAUGGGAGUAAAGGCUGGGGAGGUGACGGAGUGGGGAGAGGAGAGGGAAGAGGGAGCCAUCUACACCGUCUGUCUCCGCCGGGUCCACAUCACACAGGGCCUGAGCAAGGGGGCACGCUGGCUCGGGGCGGUUGAGAGCGGCGAGGAGGGCGGCGGCUUCGUGGAGAGUCGCUCGGACACGCACCGAGCGCGCGUCCUGCGCGCCGCCACGCUCGAGCGCCUGGUGGAGCACCUGCUGGCGUCGCGGCGCCUGCACGACUCCUCCUUUGUCACCGUCUUCCUCGCCACCUUCCGCACCUUCGCCACGCCGCUCCGCGUCCUGCAGAUGCUGCUCGACAGGUUCGCCACCCUGCAGGGCCUCGUGAGCGCCGAGGAGCUGGAGCAGAGCCAGGCCCAGGUCGCGACCGAGGAGCUCAACGGGUGCCUCUGCUCCAUCCUGGGGGCCUGGCUGGACGGCUACGGCGAGGACUUCCGCGAGCCGCCCGACUUUGAGAGCCUGCGGCUGCUGCUGUCACACGCGGCGCACUCGCUGCCCGGCUCGGACGUGGAGCGGCGCGCCCACGCGCUCCUCGCUCAGCUGCAGCAGCAGCCACAGCAGCCGCAGCAGCAGCAGCAACAGCAGCAGCAGCAGCAGCCGGGCACUGCGUGGAGGAGCUCCGGAGCCGUGGGUCCGUGGCCCGCGGGGGAGACGCGCCCGGACUUCCUGUCGUUCCCCGCCGACUUGGUCGCGUUGCAGCUCACCUUCAUGGACGCCGAGCUCUUCAAGCGCGUGGUGCCGCACGACUGCCUGGGCAGCGUCUGGUCACGCCGGGACCUCUGCGGCGGCGGCGGCGGCCGCUCGGGGUCAGUGAGAGCCACCGUGCGGCAGUUCAACGCCGUGGCGGGGUGCGUGGUGUCCACCGUGCUGGACGGCGCCCUCGCUCGACCCGCUCACAGGGCCAGGGUCAUCCAGCGCUGGGUGACCGUCGCGCAGGAAUGCCGCCUGCUAAAGAACUUCUCGUCGCUGCGUGCGGUCGUCUCUGCGCUGCAGUCCAACCCCAUCUACAGGCUCAAGCGCACCUGGGCUGUGGUGGCGAGGGACACGAGCGCGCUGUUUGAGGAGCUCUCCGACAUCUUCUCGGGAGACAACAACCACCUGAACAGCCGCGAGUUGCUCCUCAAGGAGGCGAGCUCCAAGUUCGCGACGCUCGACAGCCACAUCAAGGACAACCACAAGAAGGUGCAGAAGCGCCUGCAGAUGCAGAAGGACACGGGCGCUGUGCAGGGAACUGUCCCUUACCUGGGCACAUUCCUCACCGACCUCACCAUGCUGGACACCGCCCUGCCUGACCACGUGCAGGGAGGACUGAUCAACUUUGAGAAGAGGAGACGGGAGUUCGAGGUGAUGGCUCAGAUCAAGCUGCUGCAGUUGGCGUGCAACAGCUACAGCCUUCGCCCCGACGAUCGCUUCCUCGCCUGGUUCCACAGCCAGCCGAGCCUCUCCGAGGAGCGGAGCUACUUGUUGUCGCGCCAGCUGGAGCCGCCCGUGGAGAGCACGCUGUCCCCGUGCCCCCGCAAGAAAGUGAUCCGUCACUUCAGCGGCAGGGUGUUCUCGGGGGCUGAGUCUCCGUUCCUGGCGGCCGAGGGGCGACCCAGGGUGCGGCGCUGCCAGUCUGGCCGUGCCGGCUCCAGCGGCAGCGCCUCGGAGGGGGAGGCCCCCCCCCCCACGCCGCCCCCCACCUCGCAGGCGGCCCCACAAAUCCGCACGAGCGGCUCGGAGCCGGAGAUCCGCAUCUUUGUGAUGCCGCCCGGCACGGAGGGGUCAGAGUGGGACGACACGGACGCGGCUCCAGGGGGCGGCUCGGACGCAUCGCUGGCUCCUCCCGCCCCGACGCCGGCGUCCCCCGAGAGGAGUCCCCGGGCCGCGGCCACUGCGGCCGCCGUGGACGGGGCCACGCUGGCGGCCCCUUGGCCGAGGCCGGCGGGGACGCGGGCGCACAAGCGCUCGGGGUCCGACGUGCCGAGCGCCGCUCGCGCCGCCUCGUCGCCCGCGUGCAGCCGCCGCUCGGAGGGGGAGUGCAUCGUGCGCGUCAGCCUGGAGAGGGCCAACGGCAACCUCUACAAGAGCGUGCUGCUGACGAGCCAGGACAAGACGCCGGUGGCCAUCCGCAAGGCCAUGACCAAGCACAACAUGGAGGCCGAGAAUCCGGAUGACUUCCUGCUCGUGCAGGUCAUCGGCGAGGGCAAAGAGUUUGCGAUCCCGGACGGCUCCAACGUCUACUACGCCAUGGUCACCUCGCCCAGCUACAACUUCAUCCUGCGCAAGCGCUCCUCGGGGGGCCGACGGGGGGGGGCACCCUCCUCGCGACCCGACCACUCCACCUCCUCCUCCUCAUCCACCUCCUCAUCCACCUCCUCCGCCGCCGCCGCCGCCGCGACCCCACGGGCCCACGCCAGCGCCCGCGCCGCGCUGGCCGAGACGUUCUCGCGCCUCACGCUCUGAGCGGCCGCCCCGGCUGCCGCCAGCAGCAGCAGCAGCAGCGUCGGUUCUUUCUGUUUUAAUCCACGGGCACAAGACGGAGCCACGCCGGUUUCCGGCCCGGCUCGGCCCGGCAGACGGCCGAGCGGAAGACCGCCUCGUCGUAGCGCGAGGUGGGGGGGGGACACCCGCUCGCCGGCUGGUGCUCGCCGGCUGGUGCUCGCUUGUGGCGGCACGAGCAGCGGUGGCCGGUGGGGACG